AUGAGUGUGGUGAGUACUUCACUCAGAUAAGAUUCAGCCGGAACUGCAGUGGCUCACCUUAUGUUUAUCUUUGCUGCUCAUCACUCUAGUUCAGAUCGCGCGUUGGCCGACUUGCUGGCAUCCCAACUUCGCACCACACUCCUCUGUGACUUGUACGACCAUACUCUGCGCAUCCCUCAUCAGCACCAUCGACAAGACGUUCAACCUUCCUGAGGUCUCGAAUCGAUCCACGCAUCACUCGAUCCUCGUCGGUCCACCCCGAACACCACUGUCGACCUGUGAGGAUCACCUCCGCCACCCCCACAUCCGUUUACCCGCGUUGUCAACGGCGACCGAUCAUUCGAAUGCAAUCACUUGUUGUCACAUCUCUUUCUUGAUCGAAUCGACGGGCUUCAUCGACGCGGCAAACUCGGAGUCUGUUGGAAAUAUGUUGCUCGAUCGGCGAACGUUUGAUCGACACCCAUUCGCACUUUGCGAUCCACCGGUCGACCGACCGAACCGACACACCUCUGCAGCUCGGUCUCCCUUUGUUCGUCGCCAUCCCGUUACCACGACGUGCAAAGUCACAAUCCGCUCGCCCCUCGUAAUGGCCGCCUUGACCGCCUCGACCGUCGACCUUCCACCGCACUCGUGCUCGAUUGCCUUGGACUCACUGUCAUCAUCCGACCUACUCACCAUGAAUACCAACCCCACUAUCGACUCAUUCUCGACCCAUCUGCCAAGGUUUCCUAUCGACACGCUUCACCUCGCCUCGUCUUGA